UCAUCCAGCAAUCAUUAACUAAAUGUAUUGAACAAAUCUGUUUCCAAAUCCAAAAAGUCGAUCUGGUGUCGAGUUAACCUACCACAUUGACAGUUCCACCCAAACAACACCUGCAGUGACCUUCCAACCCUUUUCCCCAGGACACCCACGGAGGCGUGUUUUCCUUCUCACUCCAGCCGUUGUUAUGCUAAAACACAUGCAGCAUUCAUAAGCCACAACCCCUUACAGUACCACCGGAGGAUAUAUUUCUCACAUGGGUGGUCUACGGAGGAACAGCAUAAAGCGCUUUUAUGUGAACUUGAGUUUUAUUCAUUUAGAGCUUUUUGCUGAUGUAUUUUCUCUUAAGUCUGACGACACAAUUGUUGUGACGUUUUCCCAUCUACAUUUUGAAGACUUAAAAUGAUGCGUUUGGGGUGGAAUGUCGGCCUAGGAGAAAGGAGGCACAAUUGUGACCGCAUAGACAUACCGUAAUUUCCAGUCUAUUAGCCGCAGCUUUUUUCACACGCUUUCAACCCUGCAAUUUAUGCGGUGAUGGGGCUAAUUUGUGCAUUUUUUCUAACGGCUGCCAGGGGGCACUCAAGCGGGAAAGUCCCGAGUGCAGGGAACAACAUCGCAUGCUGGUGGUGUCCUCUCACGUCCCAGCAAACUUUGAGCCCGCCUCAUUUGCCAGCACAAGGGCUGCACUCUCCUCACCCGCUAUAAAGCCCUCCCACUCUCAGUCUGGAUCAGACCAAAGUUUAGAGAGCGUGUGAGGUGGCGCUUCACUAAAAGCUCUAUCCCACUAGGGGAGAAGAGCUACUAUUAAUAAGAGGUAUUUUAUUUAUUUAUUACUUUUAACUUGUUUUUUUUUCUCUCUCUCUCUCUCUCUGUGGAUUACUCGGAGCCAAAUUAAAAACGGAUUAAAAAACGGAUAUCGUGCUUCACUGAAAGCUAUGGUGACUUACGAUGAACUGGGAAGCUUGGUGCCUAUCAAACGGACGCUGCAAGUGAUAGACUACCAGAACCAAGUCCACAAGGAUUUCGAGGAACCCAGCAACAAGCGUGUCCGUUCUCUCGGCAGGGUGACGUCGUUAGCCAACCUCAUCUCUCCGGUGAAGAAUGGGGCCGUCCGGCGCUUCGGCCAAACCAUCCAGGCCUCCUUCCGGAGCGAUGGCAAGUCGCCGGUCGUGCCGCAGAAGCCUUGCAGCAAGGCGGCGGCCCCCACGCCACCAAAGAGGAGAAACAGCACACUGUGGUCGGAGACGCUCGACGUGCACCAGAAAGAAACCUUAACCACCAAAGAGAUCAAGCGACAGGAGGCCAUAUUUGAGCUGUUUCGUGGAGAACAAGACCUGAUUGAGGACCUCCAUCUUGCACGCAAGGCAUAUCAUGAUCCAAUGCUGAAGCUCUCCAUAAUGACUGAAGAGGAACUCUCGCACAUUUUCGGGAACCUGGACACCUGCAUCCCUCUCCACGAGGACUUGCUAGCCCAGCUCUCUAAAGCGACAGGCUCCAAUGGAACUGUGGGCCAGAUCGGUCAGAUUGUUGUAAACUGGCUACCAAAACUGGAUGCUUACAAGGAGUACUGCAGCAACCAGCUGGCCGCCAAGGCCCUGCUUGACCAGAAGAAACAAGAUCGGAGGGUGCAGGACUUUCUGCAGCGCUGCCUGGAGUCACCCUUCAGCCGGAAGCUGGACCUCUGGAGCUUCCUGGACAUUCCGCGCUCCCGUCUAGUCAAGUACCCGCUGCUACUCAGGGAGAUCCUCAGACACACUCCACCAGAGGAUCCAGACGCCACUAGUUUAGAACAAGCAAUCACCAUCAUCCAAGGAGUGCUGUCUGACAUCAACAUGAAGAAGGGCGAGUCGGAGUGCUUAUACUACAUCGACAAAUUGGAGUACCUGGACGACCGCCAGAGAGAUCCCCGCCUCGAACAAUGCAAAAGCCUGCUCUGUCACGGCGAGCUUCGCAACAAGAGCGGCACGAAGCUGCACGUGUUCCUGUUCACCGAGCUACUCGUCCUGACCCGCUCAGUCACCCGAAACGAGCGCCAGUGUUUCCAAGUGUAUCGUCAGCCCAUUCCCGUGCAGGACCUGGUAUUGGAUGACCUGCAGGAUGGUGACGUCAGAAUGGGCGGUUCUUUCAGAGGCGCCUUCAGCAAUGCUGACAAAGCCAAGAACAUUUUUCGUGUUCGCGCCCAAGACCCCAGCCAGGCGCAGUCGCACACACUCCAAGUCAAUGACGUGUUCCACAAGCAGCAAUGGCUCAACUGCCUGCGCAGUGCCAUCUCAGUCCACCGGCCCCACUGCGAACCCGCCUCACCGCCGACAACAACAACGGCCGUCCGGUCCAAGCGCCGCCCAUCCUCCGUCUCCGCUAUUGUCCACAUGGAGGAGACGGACGAGAACUGUCCGCAGCGCGCCACCCAGUCCGCGCCCAGCUCGCCAUGCAGCACUGCCACCACAUCCCCUACCGACUCCCCCUCCUCCUCCACGUCAUCGUCACCCGUUCCCCCACCAUCGUCUCAAAAGACCAAAAAGGACAAGAAAUACCUUUAUUCGUUAGGGAAGAGAAAAGAGACCAUGGUGUGAAGUGGAAGGAGAACAAACUCAUUUCCUUGUACAUAAACACGGGAAAAUGUGGGACUUGUAUUUAUGUCUGUCAUUGUGUGCGCAUACCCUUAAAACAGUGUUCUGUGUUACUGUCCACUUUGGCAGCUGUUUACCUCACCCCUCCUUUUUAAGACCAUCCCAAAGACAAGGGUUUCCUAAACAGCAUAUUUGAAAUAACCGAAACACCGAUAUAAAAUUGUUGUUCUGCCACACAAUGGACCCCUUCUGGGUCCCCAAUCCAGGUUUUGGAAACCCUGCCAAGGGAAAAAACAAAAGGAAGAAAGUUUACCAUUAAUCUGAUAUUUAAGAUAUCUUGUAUCCGUCAUAAAAAGAGGGGUGUCGUUAUACAUUUUUAUAUUCUUAUGUGGUAUAUUUUUGUCAUAAUAAUGGAGCACUGUUUUAGCUUUUAGGUGGCGCAUGUGUUUUAGGGAAGACAGGAAGAUAAAUAAAUUAAGAUGUACCACAUAAGUUACGAGUGAACAAGACGUCUUAUUUUUAUACAUUCCUUGAACAGAAAAAUGCCAGGACAUGGCUGCCGGUUUAUUUUUGGGUAUCGGCGUCAGGCAUUGUUUAAAUCCGAUCACAAGUCGAGGAUGUUCCGAAACCUUUUUUCGAACUGAGCCACGUUUGGUUUCGGAAGGAAUUUUUCGGUGUAGCAUCUUUCAUGGAAUCGAAGUUGUGGACACGAAUUUGCACCAGAGGAACGGAAUUAAGGAACGUGUUAUAAGAAGGAUGAAAAAGAGGAAGCUGCUGAAAAGAAAAGACUGUUUGGAAAUGAAAAGAAAGCAUUAAGAAAUUGGAUGGUCAUAGUUGGAAAAAGUAUGUCGGAGAUGAAGAAGAAAAAAAGAAUGUUUCUGUAUGUCAAGAUGGGAAAAGAAAAAGGGGAAAAGGUGUACUUGCCAUUAACUUUACCUAACAAUAAAGAUCUGUGUAAGAUUUGCAUCUGAAGAUUAAAUCUCAUGUCUUCAUUAAUCGCAAAUUAAUAUAAAUACAUACAUGUAUACUGUAUACGCUUGAUACAAUUUACCUACUUUAUCCCAUCUGCAGAUAAAAUGUCAAAAUAAAGGAAAGCAAAUUCA